UGUAAAGGACAGCUCCAUUCUCUCUCCCAACAGCCAAAAAACAGGCAAGAUGGCAGAGGUUCGGAAAUCAUCUGCAGUUGCCAUCAAGACAAUGGAAGAGGACUUACCUCCUGCUCCUACCCUUGGCUUGGUCCAAGUCAGCGGUCCUGCUGCAGGAGGCCAGGAUCCCAACCCGCUCCCCGCACCUCCUCCGAAGCAAUCCUUCUCCAAGUUCUACCAGCAGCGCCAAGUGAAUGAGCUAAGGCGGCUCUACAGACACAUGCAUCCUGAGCUCAGGAAGAACUUGGAAGAAGCAGUGACUGAAGACCUGGCAGAAAUGCUUAAUACUGAAGAUCCCAAUGCACAGGCCUCUGUGAACCUGGACAAAGUCCUUCCAGGGGAGGUUCAGUCCAUGCGCUGGAUCUUUGAGAACUGGGCACUUGACUCUAUUGGGGACCGUCAAGCCACAAAGAAGCUGGCAGAAGAAGAGGUCAUUCCUGGUGGGGACGUGAAAAGUACUUCCCUGAGGUUCGAAAGUCAGUCAGUCAAUGGGGACAGGCUGUCAACAUCAGCCAAGGUAUCAGAAACAGACCAUGCUAAAGGGGAUGUGCGCACUGCCAGGUGGCUGUUUGAAACCCAGCCUCUAGACUCCUUAAAUAAGCUGUACUCUGAUGAAACAGAAGUGCAGGAAGCCGUUCUCAAGGAGCCUGUCCAGGGAGGUGAUGUGAAAGGUGCCAGACAACUCUUUGAAGCUCAGUCCUUGGAUGCUAUAGGGCGCUGUUGUUCAGUGGAGGAGAAGAGCAUCUUACAACUCAAGUCAGAAAUCCAGGAGCUAAAAGGUGAUGUCAAGAAGACUAUCAAGCUUUUCCAAACAGAGCCACUCUGUGCCAUCAGAGACAAAACUGGGAAUAUCCAUGAGAUCAAAUCUGUUUGCCGAGAAGAAAUACAGAGCAAUGCAGUCAGGACCGCUCGCUGGCUAUUUGAGACUCAGCCACUGGAUACCAUCAACAAAGAUACUUCCAAAGUGCAAAUAAUUCGUGGUAUUUCUCUGGAAGAAGUAGGAAGGCCAGAUGUCAGUGGAGCAAGGUGGAUAUUUGAAACUCAGCCUCUGGAUGCCAUCAGAGAAAUUACAGUGGAAGAGCAGGAUUUCAAGGCUUCAAUGGAUUUUACCACAGGGGCAGAUGUCAGUAAGCAGCGAAUGCUAUUUGAGACCCAGGCUCUUGAUUCUCUGAAAGGAGAAGCUUCAGAGAGUGUCAAAGCCAAGGAACAAGUCAUUGGAGGUGAUGUGAAAUCUACACUCUGGCUAUUUGAGACCCAGCCAAUGGAAAGUCUGAAAGAUAAUUUUGAGGUGGGACAUUUAAAGAAAGUAGAGCUUUCAGCAGAAGAGAAGGGAGAUGUGAAGCAAAGAAAACAUGUCUUUGAGAGCCAUCCACUCAGCAGCAUCUCUAUGGCAUCUGAAAAAGAAAUUUCAGGCACCAGUGCAGAGGAGGUGGUAAAAGGGGAUGUGAAGUCUUUCAAGACCCUGUUUGAAACUCUUCCACUAGACAGUAUUAAGCAGGCUGAUACUGAGCCCGUCACCAAAGAAGAGGAGCACAUUCCUGCUGGAAAUGUCAAAGCCAACCAAAUCCUGUUUGAGACAACACCUCUGUAUGCCAUCAAAGACAGCCUUGGUAACUUCCACGAAGUCACCUCUGUGAGCAGAGAACAAAUCAUCAGUGGGGAUGUCAAGAACUACAAGUGGAUGUUUGAAACAAGACCGUUGGACCAGUUUGAUGAAAGCAUCAAGAAAGUGGACAUAAUACGUGGAAUCACAAAAGAAGAGGUGGUAGCUGGUGAUGUCAGAACAGCCAAAUGGCUCUUUGAAACUCAACCUAUGGAUGUAAUUCACCAACAAGCCAUGCAAGGUGAGGAACAUGCUUUGGUGAAGCGGGAGAUCUCCCAACGGGGAGAUGUGAAGACCUGCAGAUGGCUUUUUGAGACUCAGCCCAUAAACACGCUGUAUGAGAAGGCAGAAAAGAAGCAGGAAGAAGAUGGAUAUGUACCACAAGCUGAUGUGAAGUCAUACACAUGGAUGUUUGAGACCCAACCACUGGACUCACUGAAAGGCCAGGAGGAACAGCAUUUGCAAGUCAGCAAAGCAUACAGUCAGGAUGACUUAGAGGGAGUUGAUGUCAAAACUGUCCGACAUCUGUUUGAGACUGAACCAUUAGGCAGCACUUUGGCCAGUAAAGCUGACCUCAAGAAAACUGUGUGGUACUGCAGUCGCGUGGAGAUACAGUCUGGGGAAGUGUCCCGAGUGAAGGAGUUCUUUGAAGCUAAGCCCUUGGAUACAGCGACUAAACCAACAGUGGUUGUGAAGGAUGACGGGAAAACUGAAGCUGGAGCUGUGCACAAGUUCACUUGGCUUUUUGAAAACUGCCCCAUGGACUCCCUGAAGAAUGGUUCUGAGGGCAUCCAGGAAAUCCCUCCAGAGAAGGAUAUCAAGGGAGGAGAUGUUGGCGGCAAAAGGUUCAUAUUUGAGACCUACUCACUUGACCAAAUCCAUGAUAAGGUGGAUGAGACAGAAAUUCAAAAGAUCCAGAAAGACACCAUGAGCAAGGCCAAUGUCAAGUCCUGCACAAUGCUUUUUGAAAGCCAGCCAUUAUAUGCUAUCCAGGACAAAGAGGGGAGUUACCAUGAGGUCACCUCAGUGCAGAAAGAAGAAAUCAUGAAAGGUGAUGUGAAAGGUGCCCGAUGGUUGUUCGAAACUAAACCUCUGGACCAGAUCAAGAAGGAAGAAGAGGUGUUUGUGAUUAGGGCUGUCACUCAAGAGGAUAUCAAGAAAGGGGAUGUCCAAGCUGCCCGUUGGAGGUUUGAGACAGAGCCUCUGGACUCCUUUUCCAGGGGAGGGAAGUCUGUGCCCAGAACAGUAGAUGAUGUGCUGAAGGGAGAUGUUCAGUCCAAUAAGGAACUCUUUGAGUCCCAAAAGGUGGGCCAAAAGAAAUAUGUGCGGAUGGUCAGUGUCAGUGAUGUCCAGCGGGGUGAUGUGAGGACAUCCACCUGGCUUUUUGAAAACCAGCCUGUGGACUCCCUUCAUGGGGAUGCGGACAGAAGCACUUCUAUGAGCACAGUGCAGAGAGAGGAUAGCCAGAAAGGGGAUGUGAAACGCUGCACCUGGUUGUUUGAAACCCAGCCUAUGGACACCCUCAAGGACACAGAGGCGACAGCCAGUGCUGAGGCUCAAGAAGCUAUCCCUCAUGCAGAUGUAAAAAGUACAACAUGGCUCUUUGAGAGCACACCUUUGGAUAAGCUGAGUGCUUCUGAAGGUCAUGUAGAAACAGAAGUGAAAGAAAGGACCAUGAAGGAAACCUUGGAGAUGCUCUGUACUUGCCAGGCUAUUCAGCACAGUGGGAUACUCAUUGAAGCCAAUGAUAUGGAGAGCGUGAAGAUGGUGAAGUAUCAGAUCAGUAGCCCAGGUGCCCCAGAAAUCCUGAAAGAAGAGAUUGUGGGAGGCCAUUUGCAAAGGAUCAUGCUACAGCUUCUGCACAGAACCAAUGUGGAAGCACAAGGAAUACUGGUGGAGGAGGACAGAGAGGGCAAGAUCAAAGUGAGCCCAUUGCAGCUACUGGACCCAAGUGAGGCAGUUAAAAGCAAAGAGGACUUAAGUGGAAAUGUGGCUAAGGCCCUGCAGGGCCUCCUCACUCAAGAGGCCUCCAUCAAAAAAGGGAUGGUCUUACAAGAGACAAAGAUGGGCUCUGUGAAGAUGACUCUCUACUCCCUCCUUUUCCACUCGGUGCAACAAAAAGUUGUCAAGGGGGAUGUGAAGACCACAAUAGGCAAUCUUCUGGCUUCUUCUCAAGAGCAGAGAGCAACAGCAACAGUCAAGCGAGAGGACAAUGAGAAAGGCAAUGUCCAGCUUUUCACCAGCUGCAUUGAGAAGGGGGAUCUGGAGUAUCUGAAGAACCUCCAGCAGGAGUCAGAGAUACAGUCCCUCAUCUCCUCUCAAGCACAGCAGAGGGCAGCUGAGAGUGCCCCAUGGGAUGUACAGAGGUCCACAAUAUGUAUCUCACAAGGGAAUGAACAAACAGAGAACGUGAAUGCAGAGGGUGAGACAGGGGCCAUGGAGGGAGCAAAAAAAGUAUUUGCAUGUGGAAGCGUGGGCAAAGAGGGUGCAUUAGACAGAGAGUCUGUGCAUGCAGAGGGUUUGAGGAGCACCACUGUGCAAUGUCUUGGAAAGCCCCUGAGCGUGCCCACAGUGAGGGGAAAGGAAGAAAUUAUGUCAGGGGGGCUUAAAGUGACUACAAAAUCAAUUCAAAGGGUUGCAAAUGGCAGCAAGAACCAACAAAUGGCAGCAAAAGAAGACACUUUCUCUUCCAGCAUGACAGAACCCAAAACUGUGACUCAAAGCACAGCCCAGGCCAAAAUGACAGUUCAGAUGGGCAAAGUAGCUGAGAAACAUCAGAGCUCGGUGGCUGGAGAAACCAGCCAGAUGUCAGCACAGCAAGAAGAAAAAGCAUUUGGGAGUGAUCUCCAGGCUGCAAUGCAAAGCCUGAGGCUAGCAACGGCAGAGGCAAAAAGCAUUCAGCACCACGUCCAGAGCAAGCUACAGAGGAGCAGGGAAGUCCAUGUGGCCUGCAGGCAUCAGGCGUCCAGCACACAGGGGACAAUGACCCUUCAAUCCAAAACACACCAACAAGACUCUACAACCAAGCAGGAGAGCACCAUCACUGCCUCCAGGACCACCACCACUAAAAGGCAGGAGGCAUCCAAGACCCACACAGGCGUGUCUAUGAAGACCAUAGCACCACAAAAAAAGGUCAGUGCUUCUGAGGAAGUACAGGGAGGACAGCUGUUGAGCCAGGAAAAUCAAGUUGUGCCUAGUGCAGAUGUUAGAAUUAAGGAUGGUCUUUAUACUGUCAAGCCUGUGAAAACCUAUGUAAACCCUUUUCUUGAGUCUGAUUACAAAGAGCAAUCAGUGCAAGAAGAAAGAGAGCGAGAUGUUGUUAUCAGAGGGGAUGUGCAGACAGCUAUCAGAGCACUGCAAAGUGCCACCACAGAACAGCGCCUGGUAGAAAAGGAGGAUAUUGUUCGAGGUAAUUUAAAGGCCACGCUUCAGUCGCUGGAAAAGUCUAACGUUAAUGUCUCCAGAGGGGAUUUUAAAGCCGCUAUGAUAUACAGAAAUGCAGGGCAGUCCUAUUCUGUAUGUAAAAAGAAAAAUGAGACUCAAGUCAAUAGUGAUCAGACAGCUGUAGUGGCUUCAGGGUCGCAGGCUGAUAAUGACUUUCCUCCUCCUCCCUCAGUUGCUGUGAUGAAAGCAGAGCAUUGCCCACCCUCAACUAAAGCAACAACAGAAGGUGCCCUUCUACAACCAACGAGCCAAGAUGAAGCCCCAGGAUGUUCUGCAGCACUACAGACCCCUCUUCCUGCCCUCCCUCCUCUGUCCUCCAAACUCAGUGAACAAAGUUCUGCAGAGAAGCCCAAAAUUCCUCCAAAACCAGAAAUUACUGCCCCACCAAGAAAAAAACCUCUUCCUCCUCCAAAACCUGAGCAUCUCUCAUAUGAGGCACAUUCUGCCCCUCUAAACAAGAGCAAAGACAAAUCAACCAAAGCCACGCCUCCACCCCUGCCUCCAAAGCCUCUAUGUCUGAAAGAGGCCAGCAAGCCAAAGUCUUCACAAUCAGAGCUGGGAUUGUCCUGCAUGGAAGUGCAAGAACAACCAAGUCAUAGGGAAAUUCAGGCACAAUGUUGCACUUCAGAGUCACCAGUGCACAAAGCUAUUGCUGCUCAGGAUGUGAGGCCUGAGAGACAGCCAUCAAAAGACAUUGCCAAAAACCCUCUUCAAAAUGCAGAGGAAAGGUAUGAGACAAACAAAGGAGGACAAAGCAAGGUAGAAUCAGACACUGCAAAGACCUCAGGGUCACUUAAAAAUGGAGUGGUUGGUUUUGAAGCCGAACAUGGAAUGACGAGAGAGAAAGCAGCAGCUCCAAGGAGCUGCCCGGAUAAGAUAGCUCAGAGGCAUAUGCAGCUAUGUAGCCAAGAGGAUGGAUGCACAUCAGUAUCACAGUUAGCCUAUCCCAGUGGAGCAAGGACACCUAAUGCACUGGGGCAGGCUGAACUAAGCACCUCCUCUGUGGGCCACACUACUCCUCCCAGAAGGAGAAAUGACAUUGCACAAAAUGCUUCACUCAAAGUGGAAAGGGAAAGUGUGUCUAAUGCCUAUGGAUCAUGUGAUGGUCAGAGAAUUACACAGCAGGUGAUAGAGAGGAGACAAGAGGACCAUUCAAUGUCCUCCCAUCAGCAGUCAAUGAACUUCUUUCAGGAGCAACAGCAGAAUAGUGGGCAAUUGACAGCUCGUAAUGAGGCUGAGAUGCCUGCCCAGGAGAAAACAGCAGUGAUCAUGAGAGAGAAACACAAGAAAGAAACAGAAGAUGAACGUAGGAAGAGGCUGUCUGUGCAUAAAGAGGAGAUCAUGAAAGGCAAUGUCAAGGAGGCUAUGGAGAUCUUUGAGAAUCUGAGGAGGCAGGAGGAGCUGCAAGAGAUCUUGACUCGAGUGAAGGAGUUUGAGGAAGAGACAAGCAAAGUGGAUGUGAAAGCUCUGAGGAGUUUCUUUGAGAAGGUCCCUGACUGGGUGGUUCUCCAGAAGGCCCAUCAGGCCAAGCAACAGGCCAAGGCUGAGACAGCAGCAAAGGAAGACACUGACAGCAUCUCCUCAGUGGAACUGGUUUUUGGAGACCUGGAGCGAGUGAGUGCUGAGAUUGUCUACCUGAAGGAACAGACACUCUCUCGGCUCCUGGACAUUGAGGAGGCCAUCAGGAAAGCUCUUUAUUCUGUUUCUAGCCUCAAGUCUGAGUCAGACAUAGCUGGGCUCUCUGGGCUGUUCAAGGAAUCUCUAGGGAAUGCCCAAAGUCCUGUGAGUAGCAGCAACAUCCGCAAAAUCAGCAUCGUCUCCAGCAAAGCCAAGCAGGAGAGCAACAUGCUGGAGACAGGCGACACCGUGCCCAUGGGCUGUGCAAAGGUGGCAGAAAAGACUCAAGUACCCAAAGCAGAGCUUGAGGUCCCCCGCCUCAUUCAUCCUCGUGUCAGUUCUCCCUCCUCACCUUCCUACAUCUCCAUUGAAUCUGCUGCCAGGAAACCUGCAGAAUCACCCAGGACUGCACAUUCCCCAUGGGCAAUCCCUUCACCAGAUUGUGUCAGUGCUACAGGAAAGAGAGAUGCCUUUGAUCAGGACAAAUUUAGCUCCUUUAGCCACCCACCAGCAGGGUCUGCUGGGCAUGACCUGUCUUCCCUUGAGAACAGACCAGAGACCAUCCCAAUAAAAGCUGGACUGAACUCCAUGAAACAGUCUCCUCUUGCCAAUGCCAAUCAUCAGAUGAAUGAGAAAGAGAGGAGUCCUCCAGACACCUCCAAAGGCAGCUGCCACUGUGGGAUCAAAGGAGGCUUUUCAGAUUAUUGCUCCCUGAAUGUCCCCAGCCCACAGAACCCACGAAGGCAAAAAAGCAUCUUGGAGCUGCAGACGGGGCCUGAUGGGUCCAAGCUCUAUGGAGCCACUCGGACAGUCACAGAGCAAUAUGAGGAAAUGGAUCAGUUUGGAAAUAAAAUCAUCACCUCAUCCACUACAGUCACGAAGCAAUCUGAGACUCAGACGUCCUCCAUGUGUGAUGUGGCAUCUCAUCCCAUUUAUGAGGUAUCUACAUCACCCCUAUUUCGGAGGUACUUGAAGAGCCCAAGUGAAGACUUCCACACCAAUGGCAAUUUCCAGGAGCCGGGCGUAGUUUUUGUCACCUUUGGCAACUCUAAGCCAAAGAAAUAG